GUUCACAGUUCGGCUCCGUCGUCCAAGAUUCCAAGUCGGAGUUCAAGUGGGAAGCCAGACAUUGGAUUGAGGACUCGAGAUGAAAACCAAGCAUCGCCAAGCCUGCCAUGCUUGCUUGUUGUGAACAGCUGGAUAUGCUGGAUCACCCAUCAAGCAAGGCGUCAAGCCCUAAGAAUUACGGCCUGCAUCCCUCCUCGCCUCAUCACAGACGUGCCAACCCGUUUCCUCCACCGCUAUCCACCCCAGUUUGCUUAUUUACCCGCUUCGACUCGUCAUCCCUCCAGGGCUUCAAUCUCCAAGUCUCCAGUCAAUCGGGUAUCGGCUCACACUGGAACUCGUCCAGACCUGGCUGCAUGUGCCCAGUAA